UGUGUGAUGCUGCCUCCCCAGCAGACUGCAGCAUAAAACAACACACUACCACCACAGACUGAUAAAACAUCUGCAGCAUCUUACUACGGAUGUCCAGAGAUCUGAGCUUCCUUAAGAAAAAUAGGGGGCUCUGCCCCUUUUUGUAGAGAGCGUCAGUGUUUGGGGACCAGUCCAACUUAUUAUCCAGGUAUACGUACACCUAGAUACUUAGAACUUGGCACCACCUCAAUGUCCACUCCACAGGUAUUCACUGGCAGAAGGGGGGGCUUGAGCCUGCGGAAAUCUAUGAUCAUUUCCUUAGUCUUUGAGGUGUUCAGCAGGAGAUAGUUCUUGUGACUCCAGUCACUGAAAGCUUUUUAUCAGAUCCCUAUAUUCAGAUUCCUGUCCAUACAUGCCACAAUAGCAGUGUCGUCCGAGUAUUUCUGGAUGUGGCAGGACUCAGAGUUGUAUUUGAAGUUCGUAUUUGAAAUGGAGCCAGAACAGUCCCUUGUGGAGCCCCUGUGCUGCUCAUUAAUGUCCCAGAAACACAGUUCCCCAACCUGACAUACUGUGAACUUCCUGUCAGGUAAUCUGUGAUCCAGGAGAUGAAGGAAAGAUCCACUCCCAUCUCUGUGAACUUGUUUUUGAGUAUGUUGGGUUGAAUGGUGUUGAAUGCGCUUGAAAAAUCAAAGGACAUGAUUCUCACACCAGUUUCCUCCAGAUGAGCAAGGGCAUGGUGAAUGUAGAGGACAGCAUCGUUCACUCCGAUGUGUAGUUUUUAUGCAAACUGCAGGGGGUCAAGUUUGUCUUUGACCUCAACUCUCAGUAGGUGUAGAGUCAGCCAUUAUGAUGUGAGAAGUGAGGGCUACUAGUCUGUAGUCAUUAAGUUCAGCUGGACAUUUUAUUUUUGGUGUCGGCACUCGCCCCAACUGUAGACUGAGAUUGAAGAUCUUGUGGAGAGGUUGACACAGUUGAGCAGCACAGUCUUUGAGCAGCCUUGGACACCAAGGUUGCUGAACAGCUGGGAAAAAUUUGCAGAUUAUAUUUUUAACAGGAUCCUGAUUUAAUACCUAAUUUUGAGGCACAGUCUUCAGAAAGUCCCCAGGUCAAAUUUUAGUUUUAAGAUAUUCCUUUACUCUUUGCAUAUUCCUAAAUUAAUGUCUUUAACCAGAUGACUCAACAGAAAAUCAGGGGAAAGGUAUUAUUCUAUUUUACAAAACACAGAAAAAAAUUAUACAUUGCAUGGAGAUAGGAAAAUAUAUGAUAAAACUUUAUUUAUCCCGAGGGAAUAUUGUCUGUAGCAUUUCAGUACAAAGUGGGAAACUGUGCUAAUAUUAAGAGUACAAAUAAACAGAAUAUAUAUACAAUAAAGGUUAUCACUACAACUAAAAACAAAUCAAAGGAGGAUGAAGUAGAUUAAUUGUACAGUUUGAAAGGAGUGUGGGGUUGUAUGGUGUCUACUUUGUGAUAUUCUACAAAGGACAGUUUAUUUAUUAUGUUGGUGUGAAACCUCUAUUCCCAAGUAAGGUCUACUUAAAAACAGCUGAAAAAGAGUAUACAAUAAAUUAGUAUUAAUAAUCUUUAAUUAUAUUUCCAAAACCUCACGUUUCUUUAGUUUUUUCUUUUUUAAUUAAAUAUUAUAAUAUAUUAAUAAGUCAGUCAAACCUCAUACAUACACGUGAAUAAAAUUCAUUGUGUGAUAAAACUCAUGUAUUCUAUUGCAUUCUAUUUAUUCUAACUAAACAGUUAUGUCUGGAGACAUAAUAAUAGUUUUUCCUCCUGAAUUAAUGAUACAGAAUCUGAAAUAAAUAUAAAUAAGCAUGUAAAUAAAAAAAACAAUAUUAAAUAUAUACACAUAUAUAUACAUAUAUAAUAACAAUAUGAAAUACAAAUUCAGAUCAUGGAAAAUAGAGAUAUGUUAAAAUAGAAAUCAGAAUAGAAAUAUAGAAAUACAUCUGAAGUAAAUAGAGAUAGUAUAAAUAGAAAUACAUUUGUUAUAAAUUAUUAAAAAUUGAUUAGUAAAUUAAUACCAUUAUUAUAGGUAGUAUUUAUAUCAAAAAUAAUAUUUAAAAAAAAUAAUCUAAAAAUCUGACGCUUGUCAAAAACCCAUUAGACCGUAAACAGUACCUCAGUUACAUUUUAUUGGUGCUCUCCAGGCGACAUUGAACUGUUGUCAAGCGUGGUUCUUACCCAGCCUGAUGACGCGAUAUGACGCGCUGCUGUCGUGGAAACUGAUUGGACCCGCUGUUUAACUGGGGGCGUGGUCAACAAGAAAUGAGGAAGUGUCGUUUCCCACAGUAAUAACAAAGUUACAAUGUAUGUUUGAGAACAAUAAAUGCGAUAGAAUUGAAUUAAUAAGCAUUUACAUCAUUGAUAUGUUAUAAGAGGCCUAACCUUCCGCUUCUGUGGUCGUUAAAGUCGCUGAUUGUGACAAAAAUACGAACGCUUUGACCCACAUUUCAAUGACAGGGAAAUAGAAAUCACCAUGUCUUUAUUAGACAUAAAGAGCCAUAAAAUACGUUUUUUUGUUAUUUAAUUCGGGUUAUAUGUUGCCAAGCAUGAACUAUGCAUAUUAUCACAUAUCCUAAGAUAUGUCUCUUUGUUUUGGUUGGUAUUAAACCCACCAUUACCCUAGAAUCAAACUUUUAAAAAUAAUAAUAAUAAUAUUAAAUGUAUAUCUAGCCCUGAACCCUGUUGCCUCCUGCCAGGUAUUCGUCCUACGUGGGCUGUCAAAAGGUUGACACCCCAUUUUGAUAUUUAUCGUUGCUCCUGAGUUUGCGAGCUUUAGGAGGCCAGACAACAAGCCGAAAAACAUCGCAACACAGGAGCUACCGAGAGGACGGUAGCAUGAUAGUUGUGGAGGAGAAACGGCAGGAAGAGGGCCCGUAUCUGCUGCAUUUCACUUCGCCUACACCGGAUUCAUUGAGUCGGUAACCAGCGUCCGACAUGGGAAAGGAGGUAAAUGGUGUUUCGCGGAGCCGGUUUGAGAUGUUCACAAAUAGUGAUGAGGCGGUCAUCAAUAAGAAGCUGCCUAAGGAGCUUUUGCUAAGAAUCUUCUCCUUUCUGGAUGUGGUGACACUCUGUCGCUGUGCCCAGGUCUCACGGUCCUGGAAUGUUCUGGCCUUGGAUGGCAGCAACUGGCAACGAAUCGACCUCUUUGACUUUCAGAGGGACAUUGAGGGCCGAGUGGUGGAGAACAUCUCAAAGCGAUGUGGGGGGUUCCUUAGGAAGCUGAGCCUGCGGGGCUGCCUGGGUGUAGGUGACAGCGCUCUGAGGACGUUCUCGCAAAACUGCAGGAACAUUGAGCUACUUAGUCUGAACGGCUGCACCAAGAUCACUGACAGCACGUGUAAUAGCCUCAGUAAGUUCUGUCCAAAGCUGAAGCACCUGGACCUCGCCUCCUGUACCUCAAUCACCAACCUGUCACUCAAAGCUCUCAGUGAGGGUUGUCCCCUGCUGGAGCAGCUCAACAUCUCCUGGUGUGAUCAAGUCACCAAGGAUGGCAUCCAGGCACUGGUGCGCUGCUGUCCUGGACUGAAAGGCCUUUUCCUCAAGGGAUGCACACAGCUAGAGGAUGAGGCUUUGAAGCAUAUCGGGGCUCACUGUCCAGAGCUGGUCACACUCAACCUGCAGACAUGCUCACAGAUUACAGAUGAGGGCCUCAUCAUAAUUUGCCGAGGCUGUCACCGCCUGCAGUCUCUGUGUGUGUCGGGCUGUGCUAAUAUCACAGACGCCAUCCUGCACGCCCUGGGACAGAACUGCCCUCGCCUCAGAAUAUUAGAAGUGGCUCGCUGCUCUCAGCUUACAGAUGUGGGCUUCACUACAUUAGCAAGGAAUUGUCACGAGCUUGAGAAGAUGGAUUUAGAAGAAUGUGUGCAGAUCACAGAUGGAACACUCAUCCAGCUGUCUAUCCACUGCCCUCGUUUGCAAGUCCUGAGUCUGUCUCACUGUGAGCUGAUCACCGAUGACGGCAUCAGACACCUCGGCAGCGGCCCCUGUGCUCAUGACCGCCUGGAGGUGAUUGAGCUGGACAACUGCCCCCUGAUCACAGACGCUUCACUGGAGCACCUGAAGAGCUGCCAUAGUCUGGAUCGCAUCGAGCUAUACGACUGCCAGCAGAUCACACGCGCAGGCAUCAAGAGACUAAGGACCCAUCUGCCUAACAUCAAAGUGCACGCAUACUUCGCUCCCGUCACUCCGCCCCCCUCGGUCGGGGGCAGCCGCCAGAGGUUUUGCCGCUGCUGCGUCCUGCUAUGAUGUAAAGACAGCAACCCCCUCUUUCCUCUCCCCGUGUCCCUCGUACACGCUCGCUGCAGCCCGUCACUUGACCCCUGACCUGCUGUCCCCUCCCCGGCGCCCUGUCAUAGAGUACGUGCUGGUGUGCCCCCCCCCUCCCUUUGGAGCUGCAGAGAGAAGGAGAGAGCCAAAACACGCUACAGGGUCUUGGGUCAUUUUCCCCAAAAACAUUCCUGAAUCUCUCCAACACACACACACACACACGCACACACACACACAGGCUUUCUGCUGAGCAUACAUGCACAGAUUAACUCUUAGAAGAAUGGCUAAACAUUCCUGGUCUGUGUUCAGUGGACAAACCAGUAUUACAAAGAGGGUUAUGAAAAAAAAAAUCAAACGUGAUCACCACUGUUAAGGGAUUGAACUCUUGAUCACAUGAAGUACACAUCAAAAAGCAUCGUUCCAUAUUCAAGCGGAGUGAUACUCUUUACUUAUUUAGCACUUUGAGAUAUAUAACAGUAAUAGCCUCUAAAGAGAAUAUUAAAAAAAGUCCCUUUUAACCUCUCACACGUGUGUUGAAGGUCACUUAACAGCUACCUCUAGAUGGGAACUGCACUUGAGUAAGACCUGCUUUGAUCAGCAAGCUGUUUAUUUGAAAAAAGAGGCAGCGAUGCAGCCAGUAAACUGCCGACAACUCUAACACACACAUGUAAAAUUUAAAAAAGCAGCAGAAAGCCUAUUUGUGAUUUUUUUUUUUUUUUAAACAGAAAAAAACUUGCAGCUAUUUGCACUUAGCAAUGAUGAGACACUUUACAAAGACGACCAUCUCAGAAUUGAAGACUGGCAUUUUACUAACAACACAAAUACAAAUCUUCAUGCACACACUGAGCUUGCUACACCUGUACCCUCACCUCUCUCUCUGUCUCUCUGUUACAAUCAGAAGCUUCAAUAUACUGAAGAGAAAGGAAAAAAAAAAAAAGACAAAUAUUUUUCUAAAUAUGGACACCAAUUAAGACUCACAAGUGGGGACUCGAGAAGAUGCCAAAUGUUGCAUGUAACACCUCUAGUUUUUUAAAAUCUAAUUGUAAAUAUGAGAGGACCGCGGAGUCCCGAGAGUCGAAAGCCAGCUAAACGACAGAUGAUGAUAUGAGACGGGGGGCAGAGAUUUCUGUCAAAUGAGGGAACUACAGUGAAGCUCACACAUACUUGUUUUAAGUGUGUUUAGAAUAUGUGCUGGAGCUUUUGGACACUCAAAAUGAGCCUUCAGGACAGAAGAACUGAUGCUGGCCUGUGAGAGCUCAACAGAAAAAGACACAGAAGAUUAAAAAAAAAAAAAAAAAAAAGUCUGACAUCACUACAUGACUUCAUGCUGUCAGACCAGAACAAUGGAAAGAAAAAGCCAACUGAAAACAAUCAAAAGUACAUCUAUUUUCAGUUAGUUUGAUUUCUAUAAGUUGCUUUUGUUGUUUCGCAUCGGUGAUGGUUCUGCUGACGAGGAACUGGUGAACCAAACGCAGCAGUGAGAGAAAACGCCAGCGACUCCUUGACUCCUACUGAGGCCUUGCAGGGGACGGAGUGACAGCGUGUUGCACCCUGCCACCUGUGACCUCCUCCUCCAUCUGUCUGGGAGCAGUGCAGACCGGAUCAGACCGGCAGAGUCACUGCAAGAGGAGGUCAACUGAAUCUUGAGUGCACAUUUCUGGCCUGCUGACAGAUGUGAUGGAAUGAUCAUUUGUCGCAACGGAGGGCUAUAAAGGACUUUGGCCUCCCGCCAGAUGAAGUAUUGAAGCCUUUUCUUAUGGAUUAUCUUCUCCUGCUUUUGUACCUGCUUUAUUCUGUGUCUCUUUUUCUCCCCGUUUCCUUUUAUAAAUGUGUCUUUUCUUUCUGAUUUUCCUCUGGAUCUCUACCUUUUUUUUUUUUUCGUUUUGCAUUUUCUGUUUUGGUGUGGUUUGGAUUGCGCCUGCUCUGUGUUUUGAAGUCUCCAAGUUGAGUUUGAGCCCUCUCCCAGUCCUCAGUGUGGAUCUGAUGGUGUUUGUGUUUUUAUUAAGAGUUUAUUGUUACUAAAUGUCCAGAGUGUAGCCUUUGUCCAGGGGGAAGAGAUGGCGCCAGUGCAAUUGUAAUAAAUGUUAAAAUUUGA